AUGCCUCCCAAGAAGCGCAAAGCCGUGGGGUCAAAGAAGACCUCCACCACCACAGCGGCAGCAGCAGCAGCAGCAGCCACAGCGGCGAAGACGCAGCAGCGCAGGACGGCAGAACCGAAAACCGCGGCAGCGUCGAAGAGAAGUACGUCGAAACCGAAACUGAACAAACGCCCCGCACAUCUCUCCUGCGCCUCGCCAGCUGCGCGGAUGGCCUCGAAGGCUGCUACACGGAAGGCGAGCAUCGUGAAGGUCACAGCAGCCUCCGCAGACAAAAAGAAGGCGGCUCCGCUACGAGCGCCGAGCACCCCGGGACGUGGUCCAACAGCCGAGAAGAUAGCCGUAUCUGGCGCACAAAGGCGCAAGCCGUCACCGUCAUCGCAACCCCCUGUUUCAGCUAAAACGGCGGCUGCGAGAACGGCGGCACCUGCCACCAGACCACAUCGAAACAGCGCCACGGUCAAGCAGCCGCCUCGAAUGGACGAAGAACUCGACGGUGGCGGCGGCAUUACCAGUAGUGCCACAGAGGAAAAGACGGAGAGGACGUACAGAGAGGUUGUGCAUGACGAUGCGACGGUGACGCGAUUGUCGCGGCCCGUCGUCGUGGUAACAAUCGACGACGAUGGGGCCGAACAAGAGGACGCUGAUGGCGAAGACACCGUUCUCUUCCACAGUGACGUGGUCGACGCCACAAGGAGCGACGGUGACGCUCGCCAGAGUCAGCUCGACGCUCCGCCGCCGCCGCUUCACCCCUCACUUGUGACGUCGACUGCCGCAGCAGGGGAGCAGCAUCUCGUCACGUCCUCAGAGGCCCUGCCAACUCACCCCCUUCGCCUCCUCCACGCCGGAGCUAGCGGUUGUGGCAGCAGCAGCAGUACCACCCUAGAUCUCCGCGACUGCACGACACCGCCACCGCCGCUGCUGCAGCCGACCGUGCGCGGCACCCGAAAACAGACAUCUUACGAGAACAACAACGGCGCCGACAGUCCAAGCCGCCAAAGCGCUGAGAACAGCCCAGAGGCCCUCAUGGCAGACAGCGAGAGCAAGUCCAGCAGCCACCGGUGGCAGCGGCAGUUGUUAGCCGGUGGCACCCCCGCUACGCAGCCUCUGCGCGACACGGACGCGUUGCAGGAUGGAGGCGACAGACACGUCGGCAGCCCUCCCGCGCAUGCAGCGGAGACCGUCAAGCGGCUGUUCACUGAACCUGCGCGCUCCAUCUCAGUCACCUCAAUCCGCGCAGACGACUCGCCGAAUGGCACACUCAUCAUGAGCGACGGCAGCGAGGAAGACGGCGUCGAGGAAGCGGACGCUCCGGAACUUCACCGACGACAGCGGCAACACCACCAACACCUGCCACCUCCCCUGGAGGUCAGCAGCAUCGCCACCCACACUGACAGCGAGAGCCGAUGGAGCGUGGGGAGGGCGACCGAGGGGCCCCCGCUACCGCCAGGCUCUGCCACAGCUGUCACGCCGCCUCCGCUGCCCUCGUUGGUGCCGCGCGCCAGCAGCGCCGGUGGUGUGCAACUUUUCCAUCGACACCACCUCCACAACAGCGGCGGGGUCACAGAUGACCGUUGCCGCGGUACAUCAACGCGGUUGUUGUCGACGCAAUCGUCGGCAAUAAAGGACGAUGAGGCUCCGCCGUCGCCGCACCACAAGGCCGUGGCGUCUGCCGCUCAGUCGCUCCCCGCUCCGGCAGGACACCUCCGUAUGGGCGGCAACACGAGCCGCCAGUGCUCUCCCUCUUCGUCGUACCUGUGGCUGAAGCGGACGGCGGGUGGGGAUGCGGUGGAGGCGAGCCACCCCGCUGCCCCGACAUCCUCCGCGACCUCGGCCCCUUUCCCUGCUCACCCGCCCUUCCAGCAGCAUCAGCAGCAGCAGUGGUCGUCGUACGCCUGCCCUCACCUGAGCUUCACCUCCCCAUCCUCAUCACAGCUCUCACGGCUCGCGGAUAUGGAUGUGAUGGCGGAGGCCGAUGCCGACCCCGAAGGCGGUCACGCCGCGACGACAACGACCCCGCAGCAGCUGCGGCUGCGAGAGCCGCCUGUGUGGCGUUCCCCGCAGAUUACGCAGCUGCCCAAAUCGUUGAGCGUCUCGCCGGUGUCUCUGCGCGGUGACGGCCGAAAAAGCGGCAUGAAGGGCGACGCCGCCUCGGCUCUGCCCCAACCCCUGUCACAGACACAGCCCGCCGCGCACUCUGCGUCUCCAGCCCUCAGCUCCACGAGAGAAGCAACACAAACGCUCACUCAGGCCUCCACGAACGCGGCGGGCGGCUCACGGGCCCCAUUGCACGUCGUGCCGAGUGGGCUGGCCGCGGCACCGGCUGCCAGCCGACCGUCGACGCAACUCAUCACGAAGGCAGCGGCGACGCGGCCCAUCGCCUCUCCUGGCACCAUGUGGAUCUGCUUGGAUGACGACGACGACGACUACGCCAGUGAUGACAACGGCAGCGACGUUCCUCUCGUCUCCGUGAAGAUGGAGAUCGACGCGGAGACGGACGCAGUGUACACGCCGCCUGUACGCACAGCGGCUGCCGCCGUGUCACCUUCGCCGUCGUGGUCGCCACACAAGGGGGGCAUGGCAGUGAGCGGAGAAGAGACAGAGGCCCCUGGGCGACUGAGAAGCCGACGUCCGAGCCCGAGCAAGGCAGACAGCGGCGGCGCUGGCGCUCGCGUGGACCAGUCAAGCAAUGCCGUCCUGUCGCCAGCCCAGGCUCGCCGCCGGCCACCAGCGGAGAAGAGCCACCCCAUUGCCGAGAUCUUGUCCCCCACCUUCCGUCCGCGUCGACGUCCACCAGACACGUCUGCCGGUCCUUCGCAUUCGCUCGGCGCUGGCAGCGCCACCCACCAGUGGCUCUCAAGUAGGCCGGUGUCUCACUGCUACAUCAACCUGGACGACGAUACGGAGGACGAGGACGCUGACGAAGCACCGCCGCGCCAGCGCGCCCGAAAGGUGCAUACACUCGAGGGGGCGGUGUACUCAGCGCAACCCAUGUCUUCAGCGUCGGCGGCAAACGCCUCACCUGCGGCGCCUGCGCUGCUUCACGCAUCGCCAGUCACCGGCGUAGACGCGCGUUCUCAGUUGUCGCUGCCGUUGAUUAUCGACGACGACGACGACGACGAGGGUGCGCCGGAGGGCGGCGGUGAGACGGACACGAAGGCGUCUGGCGAUCGGGAGGUGGGGCGCGAAGGGCUAUCGUCGAAGCUGCCGAAAGCGAAGCGAGGCGCCCGUGUGGAAGGGGCGGACGAAGUCGUGGCCAACGACGAAGAUGGCGACGACCUGCUCAAGAGUCUGCAAAAGCCGCACGUGAAGGACUUCAUCUUCCCCAACCGCUUGGACCCAGAGCUGCGCCCCUCCAGCCCCCUCUACCGGAGCAUCCACGCAUACCAGCAGCAGUACCAGCAGCAGCUGGCGCAGGGGAAGGAGGAGGAGGAGCACGCAGCAUGGCACGUUGUCGUCGCUGCCUCACCGCUGCAGGAGGGCGUCCAUGCGGACUGCCGUCAUCUGCCGCAGAGCGCCGCAAUCCCUGUGGUGACCGGCGACGCAAAGGGCGCCUCCCCCGACGACGUCGCAGCGGCCGGGCAGCCAGGCCAAAAACGCCGUCGUGCGCAGGAUGCGAAGACCGGGGCGGCGGCGACCCCGGCGGUGCCGGACUGGGGCCGGCCAGCCGACACCCUCUUGCGCGACUUCUUCCCAACGAAGUUCACGAAGAAAAGCUUUAUGGAGGCGGCGAAGAACGUGAUGUCUCCGAUGCACUUCCUCGAAGCCGGUGACUUCUGGGCCGCCUUCGCCUCGGCGGAGUUCGUUGGGGAGGGAAGCUUCGGACUUGUGUGGCGCUGCCUCACGGUGGACGGUGACCUUGUCGCGGUGAAGUCGUGCCCCAUCAUCCUGCGCACCAAAGCCAACAUCGAAGACUCCUUCUCCACGAUCCGCGAGAUCGCCACCAUGCGCUUCCUGAAUGAGAUGCAGGUGCCCUAUGUCCUUCCGCUGCACAGCGCCUUCUUUGUGCACGCGCAGGAGGCGCUGCCGCCGCUGGCGCAGGAGGCGCUGGAGUGGCGCCAGCGGCUGCGCAAGCGAGCCGAGGAGGCGGCGCUGGAGGUGGAAGUGAGGAUGCUCGCCCGUGGCGGACACCGCCGUGCCCCGCACACGGGGGCGGAAGAGGAUGUCGAGGACGCGCCGCUGACGCUGGAGCAGCAAGUGGCCGUGCAGAUGGAGCGGCUUACCGCUGCGGAGGGACCAGAGGAGCAGGCCACGCGUGCACGGCUGCAGUCGGUCCGUCUGCCGCGCUUUCUGUCCAUAACCCACGACGACUUGACCCAGAGCGACGCAACGGUGUUUCUCGUGAUGGAGCUGUGCGACGGCGACGUGGAGGGCAUCUCCCGCAGCGACGGCAUUGCGAAGGGCAUGGUGUACUGCGUGAGCUCGGCGCUUGCAGCGAUGCACGAGCUGGGGCUGCUCCACCUCGACCUCAAGCCGAGCAACAUUCUCUUCGCCUAUGAGAACGGGCCUUCGCAGCAGCGGCUGCAGCGCUUCAGCGCAUCGGGCCCUGCGACAGACGCGGUCAAGUUUUACCUUUCCGACUUUGGCAACUGCCGCCUUGUCGGCCCGGACCCCAUGGACGAAGUGCAGGAUUCGUACGGCACCUUCGAAUACAUGGACUUGCGCGCGCUGCGUGACGCCGUGUGUGGGCGUCCGACUGACGCCUUCAGCCUCGGCGCCACCCUGUACGAACUGCUCUACGGUAGGCGGCUGUACCCAAAGUGUGUGGAUCCACGCUGCGGCGGCGAGGAGGACCACUCACGCGAGUGCUUCGUGGAGGCGGCAAGUCAGCCUGUUGUGUUGCCCACGGUCGGGCCUCUCACAACAGCAGCGAUGGUGACGCCGGCGACGGCGAUCGGUCUCAACGCCGCUGCGGGCGGACACGCGUGCGGCCUUCAUGCAAAAGGCAACACCGGCGGCAACGUCAACCUCCUCUGCAGCGGACCCGCUCUUACACCUCUGCAGUACCUCACGCUGGCGCUGCUGCGGAAGCCCUGGGAGGAGCGCAUGACAGCCGUGGAGUGCCGCCGCUACCUUGUUCAGACAUUUCACAUCACCCAAACCGAAGACUCGAGCCCUUGA